CGCGGCCGGCCCAGCCUUGCCCUGCCCGCGGCCCCGGCCCCGGCCCCGGCCCCGCACUGGGACACAUGGAAGCCACCUGCCCACUAGCCGAGGAUCGGCUAAGCCCUGGGACUGAUGCUUGCCCACGCUGCUGAGAAUGGCACGGUCGCCCAACCAGGCACCAGGACAAAGGUGAACCCAGGACACUCCUGGACAGCGAUCCCGAUGUCUGUUCUGAGCUGCGCACUGAAGGGUGUGAUAACUGGCUCCCGUGGGCGCCAUGGCUUCCGUGGAGCCCCUGACGGCGCUGUCCCGCUGGUACCUGUACGCCAUCCACGGCUACUUCUGCGAGGUGAUGUUCACGGCGGCCUGGGAGUUCGUGGUGAACUUUAACUGGAAGUUCCCGGGGGUCACGAGCGUGUGGGCGCUCUUCAUCUACGGCACCUCCAUCCUGAUCGUGGAGCGCAUGUACCUGCGCCUGCGGGCCCGCUGCCCGCUGCUGGUGCGCUGCCUCAUCUACACGCUCUGGACCUACCUGUGGGAGUUCACCACCGGCUUCAUCCUGCGCCAGUUCAACGCCUGCCCCUGGGACUACUCCCAGUUCGACUUUGACUUCAUGGGCCUCAUCACCCUGGAGUACGCCGUGCCCUGGUUCUGCGGGGCCCUCAUCAUGGAGCAGUUCAUCAUCCGGAACACCCUCCGCCUCCGCUUCGACAAGGACGCGGAGCCGGGGGAGCCCGGGGGCCCCCUGGCCCUGGCCAACGGCCACAUCAAAACUGACUGAGUGGGGGACUCGUGGGGGAACGGCUGGGGUCUCUCAUGGACCCUGUGGAGGAAAGUACGAAGCUGGUGGAGUUGCCCCCUCUGUACAGCACAAACCCUGCCUCACCCUGGUCUCAGCCCUGCGGGUGCACACAGCCCCAGCCCGGCCUCAGCCCUGCGGGGCGCACACAGCC